AAAUAAUUUCCAACAUAUCAAAAAUAUCUCACAAACUUUCCAAAAAUACAAAGAUAAUUUAGACAUCAAUAUAAUCGGAUCUUGUCACCUCACAAAUCACAUGCCAUUAUUUGACACACUCUCAUACAUCGAAGGAAGUGCCAAGUGGUUUUCACUCCCGCCAUUCCGCCACCUCCUUCGCUCUUCAUUCUCUUCAUAAACUCAUAAUAUAUAACUUCAAAAGUUCAUACACAAAUAUUCAGAAAUUCAGAAGCAAGAAACAAAAAUCAUCAAACAAAAAUGCAGUCACAAUGUCUUUCUCUCUCCUGCUCUCUUCGUCCUUUGGCUGCCACCAAAUCUCUCUCCUCUCCUCCUCUCCAUCAACUCCCCCUUCUUCGCCCUUCUUCCUCCGUCACCUUUAAUCCUCUCAGAUUAUCACUGAAUCAGCAAAGUCUGAUGCCGAAGCAAAGGAGCCGGCGAUCGUCAAUGGUGGUUUAUAAUUCUUAUUCUUCGAUUGUUUCUCCUCGAAAUCUUCCAUUGAUUUCUGCUGUUUCCACUGCAAUUCUCAUGUUCGUGAAGGGAACCGCAAUAAAUAGGUCUUUUCUUGCGCCUUUUUUUGCUUUACAGGCACCCGCUAGUGUCAUCUCAUGGAUGCAGGGAGAAUAUGGUGCUUGGGCUGCUACUCUAGCCCUCCUUGUUCGCCUCUUCUUCUCUCUUCCAGGUGAACUGGAACUCCCUUUCAUCACACUGGUUUUGGUAAUAGUUGCUCCACUUCGAGCAAUGAACCUAAGGGGGACACAGGCAGGCGCCAUUAUAUCUUUAGUAAUUGCAGCCUAUUUGGCAUUCCAGCAUUUUACAAGAGCUGGAGGUCUGCAGAAAUCAUUUGAGCAAGGUUCUAUUGUUGCAACUUUAGCCAUCGUUUGUAUCACCAUUGUCCCAUGCCUGCUAUUAAUUUGAUUCUGGUGUAGACCAAAUUUGUCGACUUGAUGCUUAUCAUUGAAAAAAAGUUAAUAAUUAGGUGAGAUUUGAGAGUGCAUUUCAAAACUUCUGUUGUAUAUGCCAGACAAUUGAAUUUUAUUGGGACUACUUUUGUUGGUAUAUUUUAUGAAAUAAAGGUUCUUUUCUCACUGUUUCUACA